AGCAUCCACCAGAGCAAGAGGACCGUGUGCAUACUGACCAACAAGUACAUCAGGAGUGUGGUGUUCAAGACUGCGUUCUGCGUGGCCCAUCAGUGGCUUAUGGAUGAGAGAGAUGAUGUGAUUGUCUUGAUUUUCCUGGAAAAGGCCCCCAGUCACUCAAAGUACCUGAAACUCAGGAAGAGGUCGUAUAGUCGGUCAGUGAUGGAGUGGCCAAGAAAUCCUCAAGCACAGCAAUACUUUUGGUUUAGCUUAAGGAGUGUACUGGCAACGGACAGUCAGAAACAAACAGUAAUCUCUUCAUGGAGAGUCUUUGAAAAGGGCAAACAUACAGUGAUGUCGCACUGUUAAGAAUCAAUAGCAUAGUCGUUUUUUGUGAUUGUGUAGGCUGAUGAUUGUGUAAAUGCUUGGAUUGAAGGACAGUUCUGAUGUACACAUUAUAUGUCAUUGUGUUAAAUGAAAAUAUAUGGAUAAGAACUUGGUACAACUUUAAUACUGACUGAUUAUGUUUACUGUAUUUAAAUAUUUUGACAUAUACUGUCACAAGUAGUGUUACCUGAUCAACAAAUUAAUCAAAUAAUAAUAAUUCACAAAAAAAGUAAAACAGUAUAAAAAGAAAUGCCUUCAGAAAGAGGGAACCAAAUCAGGUGAGAACUUAUAAUAACCCCAAAAAUAUGUGCCACCACACCCAGAGUCCACCUGGUUGAGGGAACCAAUCAGCUUGCUCAACACAUUUGACUGACUGUGGCUGCAAGGGGAAUUUGAGUUGCACUUCACUUGUGAUUGAGUAGAGAAGAGUUUAGUCAUUACAUAGGGGAACAAAGCGAUACGUAAAAACACCCUGAUAACAGACAGCCAUUUGCAGUUUCAUUUCACUUCCUUUUUUUGCUUACUGGAAACUAAAUCUGGACAACGACCAGGCACUACUUAUUUGAUAGGAUGUUCAAAUCUCACAAUGGCUCAACAGUAAAUAACAUUUACAUUUACAUUUUAGUCAUUUAGCAGACGCUCUUAUCCAGAGCGACUUACAGGAGCAAUUAGGGUUAAGUGCCUUGCUCAAGGGCACAUUAACGUCAUUUAGCAGACGCUCUUAGCCAGAGCGACUCACAAAUUGGUGCGUUCACCCUAUAGCCAGUGGGAUAACCACUUUACAAUUUGGGGGGGGGGGGGGGGGGGGGGGGGGUUUAGAAGGAUUACUUUAUCCUAUCCCAGGUAUUCCUUAAAGAGGUGGGGUUUCAAAUGUCUCCGGAAGGUGGUGAGUGACUCCGCUGUCCUGGCGUCGUGAGGGAGCUUGUUCCACCAUUGGGGUGCCAGAGCAGCGAACAGUUUUGCCUGGGCUGAGCGGGAACUAUGCUUCCGCAGAGGAAGGGGAGCCAGCAGGCCAGAGGUGGAUGAACGCAAUGCCCUCGUUUGGGUGUAGGGACUGAUCAGAGCCUGAAGGUACAGAGGUGCCGUUCCCCUCACUGCUCCAUAGGCAAGCACCAUGGUCUUGUAGCGGAUGCGAGCUUCAACUGGAAGCCAGUGGAGUGUGCGGAGGAGGGGGGGUGACGUGAGAGAACUUGGGAAGGUUGAACACCAGACGGGCUGCGGCAUUCUGGAUGAGUUGUAGGGGGUUUAAUGGCACAGGCAGGGAGGCCAGCCAACAGCGAGUUGCAGUAGUCCAGACGGGAGAUGACAAGUGCCUGGAUUAGGACCUGUGCCGCUUCCUGUGUAAGGCAGGGUCGUACUCUCCGAAUGUUGUAGAGCAUGAACCUGCAGGAUCGGGUCACCGCCUUGAUGUUGGCGGAGAACGACAGGGUGUUGUCCAGGGUCACGCCUAGGCUCUUCGCACUCUGGGAGGAGGACACAGCGGAGUUGUCAACCGUGAUGGCGAGAUCAUGGAACGGGCAGUCCUUCCCCGGGAGGAAGAGCAGCUCCGUCUUGCCAGGGUUCAGCUUGAGGUGGUGAUCCGUCAUCCAUACUGAUAUGUCUGCCAGACAUGCAGAGAUGCGAUUCGCCACCUGGUUAUCAGAAGGGGGAAAGGAGAAGAUUAGUUGUGUAUCGUCAGCGUAGCAAUGAUAUGAAAGGCCAUGUGAGGAUAUGACAGAGCCAAGUGACUUGGUGUAUAGGGAGAAAAGGAGAGGGCCUAGAACUGAGCCCUGGGGGACACCAGUGGUGAGAGCACGUGGUGCGGAGACAGCUUCUCGCCACGCCACUUGGUAGGAGCGACCGGUCAGGUAGGACGCAAUCCAGGAGUGAGCCGCGCCGGAAAUGCCCAGCUCGGAGAGGGUGGAGAGGAGGAUCUGAUGGUUCACAGUAUCAAAGGCAGCAGACAGGUCUAGAAGGACAAGAGCAGAGGAGAGAGAGUUAGCUUUAGCAGUGCGGAGAGUCUCCAUGACACAGAGAAGAGCAGUCUCAGUUGAAUGACCAGUCCUGAAACCUGAUUGGUUUGGAUCAAGAAGGUCAUUCUGAGAGAGAUAGCAAGAGAGUUGGCUAAAGACGGCACGCUCAAUAGUUUUGGAAAGAAAAGAAAGAAGGGAUACUGGUCUGUAGUUGUUGACAUCAGUGGGGUCGAGUGUUGGUUUUUUGAGAAGGGGAGCAACUCUCGCUCUCUUGAAGACGGAAGGGACAUGGCCAGCGGUCAAGGAUGAGUUGAUCAGCGAGGUGAGGUAGGGGAGAAGGUCACCGGAGAUGGUCUGGAGAAGGGAGGAGGGGAUGGGGUCAAGCGGGCAGGUUGUUGGGCGGCCUGCAGUCACAAGUCGCAGGAUUUUAUCUGGAGAGAGAGGGGAGAAAGAAGUCAAAGCAUAGGGUAGGGCAGUGUGAGCAGGACCAGCAGUGUCAUUAGACUUAACAAACGAGGAUCGGAUGUCGUCAACCUUCUUUUCAAAUAAUAUGGAAAUUAAUUUUGAUUAAUUUCAGUUGUUAGUAUUGAAGAUGGUCACCAAGACUAUGUACGAUGUGCUUUUCUCAAGUGGUAAAAUGUAUAAUGAAUCAUGUGACAAAAUUACUAUUUAUAGGGGAAGUAGAAUUCAGUCUAAUAUCCAUUAUACUGAAUUGUUACAUUCACAAAUGCUUCUUCUAGGCAAACAGGAUAACCACUAUCCUGAAAUUAGUACACAAAGCUAUUUGGGCAUGGUAUUUUGGAGAUUUGUUUGGGGGGUGGGUACAUCUUCCCAUUCUAAAUCAACUAAUAUGGUAGCUUAAUGACUUUAAUUUGUACUAUUAUGAUAACAUUGUGCCACCAGUAGGAGUAGUAACACCAAUUAGCAAUAUUUGGUAAAUUAAGAUUUUCUGAAAUGAAGGCCACAAAUGCUCAAAUCUAAAGUCAUCAACCCUUAAAAAAUUACUUACUUAAGUGAUAUGAUUAAGUAAUUUUGCUCACAAUGUUAUUUGCCUUAAUUUAAUUUGACUAACACCAAUUGACACUUUGGAUUUAGACACACCAAAUUAUUAAUUUGGCAAAAAGGCACAUGUUUACAUGGCCUUAAAUCUGCAGAUUAUUCUGAAGCUAUUUCCAAAGCCUCCAACAUUGUCUCUCACUACCGCAAGUCAACAUUUGCACAGGAACUCCUAGAAGGGGAAAAUUAUAUACAACCAGCCACUGUCACAAGAUGGAACUCUCAACUGAAAAUGAUUAGAUACUUUUUCAAUGCGGAUGAAGAACAGCUUGACACACCAAGCUUUUCAUGCACAAGAAGUAUGUCCUCACUGAUGCUGUGGACAUUCUAACCCCGUUUGAGGUUGCCACAGAUUGCUGCGUGCAAGGAUCAUCGUCACACCAAGCUACAUCAUUCCAUGCAUCAGAGGUAUGACUGAACAUCUAACCAAUUGCUCCACAAUGGAAAGCUUGUUAAAAACCUGAAACAAGCAAUUGACAAGCGCUUGACCAUGGUGCAAUGCCACUGAGAAGGCUGCCUUUACUGCAGACAUCAAACGUCUUGUCAGAAAGUUCAACAGCACUACACAGGAUGUCCCACACGGUGAGCCACCACCACCAGCGAAGAAAAGUUGAUUGGACACACUGUUUGGUUUCAUGGAACAAACAAGCACGGCUGCAUGUACUCCAAACCUCAUCUCCCCAUAUCUUCCACCAACUACUGAUCCACUGAAAUUCUGGAAUACACAGUCAUACAUACCCAACAAUGAGCAGAGUUGCUGCUGAGUACCUACAUAACCCAGCAUCCUUUGCAGCUGUGGAGAUGCUUUUCAGCAUUGGAGGGCCUAUCUUCAGACCAGAUCACUCCUCAAUGUCCAACUAGCUUUUUGAAACCCUGAUGUUUUUUUAAACGUAACAUGGCAUCUUGUCCUCUUUCAGAAAACACCAAUUUAAUGUAUGGGCUGCAUAUUCUGAUAAAAAAAUGAAGUAAGACUUAUAGAAGUUAAGUUGUUUGUUAUUUCAAAUGUAACUACUAAGUACAAUACAUUCACAACUAUUUUCAAAUGCAUCCAAAUAAUUCAAAUAUUUUCAGGAAAAUACUGUCUUUCAAAUAUGUCUAAUGAUAUGUAUUUGAAUAAAUUAUAAAUACAUGCCAAUACUUUCCUAAUUGUAUUUUGAAAUACAUUUCAAAAUUCAAGUACUUGUUUUUUCAAUUAAAAGUUAUCUAAAUAGUUGUUUUGAAAUGUAUUGAAAAGUAAUUGAAAUACCUGAAAUAGUUUUUGAACCCAGGUCUGCAUCAUAAUCAUAAUAAAAUGUAUUUUAAUAGCCUUCUUUUUUUUUUUUGAUCUAUACUCACUGUCUAACAUUUAAAAAAAUUAUAGAUAGAUAUCUCCAAAACAUGUCACUACACCUCUACACAUCACCAGUGGGACAAGCUAGUCCCCAGUAGUUUCUACAAUGCAUACACAUACUUCUGUUGCAAUAUAAAGGAUUUACAUCAGAAUGACCCUAUUGCAAUAGAGCGGCCAUAAAAUGUGUGAGUGUAGGUCUACUCCACACAAAUGGUUAAAGUCAAUAAGUAGGGAGUCUGUCAUUAUAUUUCCAUACUCACACGUUUGUACUGUUUGCUUACAGGAUGCUACCACCUGCUGGUUACAGUUGGCACCAUUGUUCCUGUGUCACUUCCUGCUACCUACCUCAUGUACAUGGAUGCCACGGUAGUUUCCAUGUGAUGUUACGGUCAAUACUACCAAUACCACGAAUGACAUCAUCUUUAAUUGUGAGGAGCAUAGACUGAAAAAGGUACCUGUUGGCAUCACCAGGAAUAUGACCGUGCUGGACCUAUCAGAAAACAACAUCAGAAAUGUAUCUCUUGAUGCAUUUUCUAAUCUGGAGGACCGGCCCUUCUCAAUCUCAACUGUGUCAACAAAAAAGGUGAAACACAUAUCGCUGAAGGUGCCUUCAAAAAUCUGA